AUGAGAGGGACCAUAAUGCCACUGCCGUUGUUGAGGAGAUGCUGCUACUGUCUGCCUCUCAAGCCGGGCUGCUUGGUACUAAGUGUUGUUUCAACACUGGCAUGUGUCGCAAACCUGACAGUCGGAUUGUGGAACUUGCCCCGACAUAAAGAACGAGAUCCAGAGGACAAUCUCAUUUCUAUGAGCAUGGUUAUUUUCUCAUCACUCUGCGCCGUAAGCAACAUUGUCACUUCCAUCAGCAUAAAACGUAAAAAUCUGUCGUGCCUGCAGACAUCGAUAGUAUUCAACUCAGUGUUCAUCCUAUGCAUGUUUCUAGUGGCUGUCGUAACGUGUAUAUUUAGGCUGGGAACCUUCCUUGAACGGCCAGAAAAUGUGGUUAUAAUUGUAAUCGCCUUGCUUGUUGGCGCUUUAUACUCAUUCUACUAUCUGACGCUGAUCAACAGCCUCUACAGGAUGAUGAAGAUGGUUUACGGAGAGAGUGAGACCCUCGUUAUAUCCUGUGUCCCUUCCAACACCCACAGCCAUAACAUACCUCGGCCGUCUUUUGACAACAAUAGUGCAGUAUAA